CGCGUUUGCUCACAGCUGCCUUCCUAACCUGAACAGAGACACAAAUUUUAAGACACAUUUCGGUUUGCUAAUUGUUUAAAGGCCUAGCUAACGCCAGAUAUUGCGGAUUUCGAUUGAUUUCUAAGCACUUUCUGGUGCCCAUCCGCACCAGCCAUCCGAUAACCCCGGAAACGGGACAAAGUAUCUAAACAAAGGAGACAACUACGCAGAAGAGAAACAAAAACAAUGUCGGAAACAUACGAUUACCUGUUCAAGUUCCUGAUAAUCGGCAGCGCUGGCAGUGGCAAAAGUUGCCUGUUGCAUCACUUCAUCGAGAGCAAGUUCAAAGACGACAGUUCGCACACCAUUGGCGUGGAGUUUGGUUCAAGGAUUGUGAACGUGGGCGGCAAGUCGGUGAAGCUGCAGAUAUGGGACACCGCUGGACAGGAGAGAUUCCGCUCGGUGACGAGAUCCUACUAUCGGGGAGCUGCCGGAGCCCUCCUGGUCUACGACGCUACGUCGCGGGACUCUUUCAAUGCCCUGACAAACUGGCUGAACGAUGCCCGUACCCUGGCCAGUCCAAACAUUGUGAUUCUCUUGGUGGGCAACAAAAAGGACUUGGAGGAGGCUCGGGAUGUGACCUUCCUGGAGGCCAGCACCUUUGCCCAGGAGAAUGAGCUUAUCUUCUUGGAGACGAGCGCCAAGACGGGUGAGAAUGUGGAGGAGGCCUUCCUUAAGUGCUCUAAGACCAUCCUGGCCAAGAUUGAAACCGGAGAGCUAGAUCCUGAGCGCAUUGGAAGUGGCAUCCAGUACGGCGGAGCUGCCCUGCGCAACUUGCAGACGCGACAGCGCAGCAUCAACAAACCAGAUUGCACCUGUCGCGUUUAAACAGCACGAUUCGUGCUAUCCAUAGAUAAGCGAGCAAAUUAAUCUCUACUUUAUCUCAACCCGGAAUGCCCAUUUGCAUUCCCCCUUAGUUGUAUUGUAUACCUGUGUGUGUCCCACUUUGUUUUAGUUCGUAUUUUGUCUUGCUAGAUUUAUCAUUCCAAAUGUAGGCAUACGCUAUUCGGUUUGUUUUAACAUAAUAACCAUGAUUUCGGGUCUCCCGCCCCAACGUUACUUACUAUAAUUUGUAAUUCGUGAAGCACUAGAGCCCUCGAACAACGAAAAUUUAAUGGCUGAUGGGCACUUGGAUCGGAUCCGGAGGGUGAGGAGAAUGCACUCGGCAUUUUUAAUGUAAAUAAGUGGCGUUUCGUCGUUGACGACGUCGCCAAUUGUAAAUCUAACUCAAGCAUGCACGCGGUAAAUAAAAACGCAAAAACAUA